AGGGACAACAAAAAAUUUAUUGAUACAUAUAGGGACCAUCCUUGGCUUAAGGAAGGUCUGCUGGUCUCUUAACUUUUUCUUAAACAUGUUGAAAAUGACGCGUCGCACUGGAGUCAUCAACCAGUUAGAAAUCCAACGCGCCACUCCAGAACUGUGGGGUUUUGUGUUGAGACGUACGGUUUUGCCAUGUUCGCUCCAAUCGCACGGAGUUGGAGCGCGCUCCAGGAACGAUAUCAGAUUUCUUGUACAAGGUAGUCAGAGGAGAGUCGAUGAUUAGUCAGCAGAGCGCGAGGCGAUAGUCCAGUCGACAUGGUCAUACAUUUGAUAAAUUACUUGCAAGUAUAGUAACAAAUUAGAGCGAGGCUAUUAGAUUAAACUUUAAAAGUAAAAACGGUAAUUACUUUAUAAUGCAAAAGUAUAAAAUAA